AUGGGCAAGAUGGACAACCCCUCCGUGGAGCUGAACUCUCCCUCCGAGGUGAAGCAGGCAGCCCUGGAGGAGCUGGAGCCCAUCAGACCUGAGGUCGUGAGCGCCAAGAAGAAGAAGAAGGAGAUCCCAGACAGAGGCUCCUGGAAGGGGAAAUUCGACUUCUUGCUGUCCUGUGUGGGCUAUGCCAUCGGUCUGGGCAACGUCUGGCGCUUCCCUUAUCUCUGUGGCAAAAAUGGAGGAGGGGCCUUCCUCAUCCCGUAUUUCCUGACACUGGUGUUUGCUGGGAUUCCUCUCUUCCUGCUGGAAACUGCUCUGGGCCAGUAUACCUCUGUUGGUGGACUGGGAGUCUGGAGAUUAGCACCCAUGUUCAAAGGCGUGGGACUGGCAGCUCUGGUUCUGUCCUUCUGGCUGAACAUCUACUACAUUGUCAUCAUUGCCUGGGCUCUCUACUACCUCUUCAACUCCUUCACUGCGGACCUGCCGUGGCAGAACUGUGGGAACGCCUGGAACACCGAGCGCUGCUUCUCCAACUACUCCCUGAACGACACCACCAACCUCAGCAGCGCUGUCACCGAGUUCUGGGAGAGGAACAUGCACCAGAUGUCCGGAGGCCUGGGGGAGCCCGGCACCGUCCGCUGGCCCCUGGCUGGCACGCUGGCCCUGGCCUGGCUGCUGGUCUACUUCUCCAUCUGGAAGGGUGUGGAGUGGACAGGCAAGGUGGUGUAUUUCUCAGCCACCUACCCCUACUUCAUGCUUUUCAUCCUCCUGUUCCGGGGAGUCACGCUGCCAGGAGCCAAGGAGGGGAUCCUCUUCUACCUCACACCUGACUUCAGGAAGCUCUCUGACUCUGAGGUCUGGAUGGAUGCAGCCACUCAGAUCUUCUUCUCCUACGGCCUGGGGCUGGGCUCCCUCAUUGCUCUGGGCAGCUACAACACUUUCCACAACAAUGUCUACAGAGAUUCCAUCAUUGUCUGCUGUAUAAACUCCACCACAAGCGUAUUUGCGGGAUUUGUUAUUUUCUCUAUCAUUGGCUUCAUGUCACACAUCACAAAGAAGUCGGUGGCAGAGCUGGCCUCCUCAGGCCCUGGGCUGGCUUUCCUCGCCUACCCGCAGGUUGUCACACAGCUGCCGCUGUCCCCACUCUGGUCAAUCCUCUUCUUCUCCAUGCUGAUGAUGCUGGGUCUGGACAGCCAGUUCUGCACUGUGGAAGGGUUCAUUACAGCCCUGAUGGAUGAGUACCCUCGAGUCCUAAGAGCCAGGAAGAAGAUCUUCAUUGCAGUGGUCUGCUUCAUCUCUUACCUCAUUGGAUUCUCCAACAUCACCCAGGGUGGCAUUUAUGUCUUCAAGCUGUUUGAUUACUACUCAGCCAGUGGCAUGUGUCUCCUUUUCCUUGUCUUCUUCGAGACCAUCUCAAUUUCUUGGUGUUACGGUGUGAACAGGUUUUACAGGAACAUUGAAGAAAUGAUUGGUUACAAGCCUUGCAUCUGGUGGAAGAUCUGCUGGGCUUUCUUCACACCCCUUGUCUGCCUGGGUGUGUUCUUCUUCAGUGUGGUGGAAAUGACCCCUCUGACGCUGGGAAAAUACGUCUAUCCUGCCUGGGGACAAGGCAUCGGCUGGCUCAUGGCCCUGUCCUCCAUGGUUCUGAUUCCAGGGUACAUGCUCUACUCUUUCCUCACCUCAGCAGGGACCCUCCGGCAGCGUUUGCAGCAGAUGACGCAGCCCAGGCCAGAGGAGCACCCUCAGAACAAUGGCCUCCAGCCGAAGACGUCCCUGAACGGGAGGAUCUCAGACGCCGCCGUGUAG